AGGGGUGUGAGGUCAUAUGUGGAAAUAAACACACAGCCUCCUCACACUGUCACACCGAUCAAACGAGACUGUGAGAGUAAUGUCAAUUAUUAACUGUAACUGAGUAAAGUAUUUCAUAUCACAACAUUGCAGUCCAACUGAGUCAUCCUGUCUCCUGUAUUCAGAGAGAAGGCAGAAGGCUGUGAUAAGGAACGCCAGAAGUGUGUGGAUAAUAUCUACAGUAUGAUGCUGAUUAUCUAAAGAUCAGAGCAUAUAUUGGACAUGGAUUGGACCUUCUGGAUUUCCAUUCUUGCCCUCCUGAUCAUCUCAGACUAUGUGUCAGGUAAUGAAAGCUUUAAUAAUUUAUUGGCUGGUUAACACUGUUUAGUUCUCACAAUAGACUCUCUAAAUAUAAGAACAUUAUAGCAUAUACACUACCGCUCAAAAGUUUGGGGUUACUUUCCUUGUUGGGGUCUAAUUUCCUUGUUUUCGAAAGAAAAGUAAUUUAUUUGUCCAUUUAAAAUAACAUCAAAUUGAUCAGAAAUACAGUGUAGACAAUGUUAAUGUUGUAAAUGGCUAUUGUCGCUGGUAACGGCUGAUUUUUAAUGGAAUAUCUACAUAGGCGUACGGAUAGUACCCGCAAAACACCAGUCUCAACGUCAACAGUGAAGAGGCGACUCCGGGAUGCUGACCUUCUAGGCAGAGUUGCAAAGAAAAAGUCCAGUGUCUGUGUUCUUUUGCCCAUCUUAAUCUUUUCUUUUUAUUGGCCAGUCUGAGAUAUGGCUUUUUCUUUGCAACUCUGAAGGUCAGCAUCCCAGAGUCGCCUCUUCACUGUUGACGUUGAGACUGGUGUUUUGCAGGUACUAUUUAAUGAAGCUGCGGACCUGUGAGGUGUCUGUUUCUCAAACUAGACACUCUAAUGUAUUUGUCCUCUUGCUCAGUUGUGCACCGGGUCCUCCCACUCCUCUUUCUAUUCUGGAUAGACCCAGUUUGCACUGUUCUGUGAAGGGAGUAGUACACAGCGUUGUACGAGAUCUUCCGUUUCUUGGCAAUUUCUCGCAUGGAAUAGCCUUCAUUUCUCAGAACAAGAAUAGACUGACGAGUUUCAGAAGAAAGUUAUUUGUUUCUGGCCAUUUUGAGCCUGUAAUCAAACCCACAAUUGCUGAUGCUCCAGAUACUCAACUAGUCUCAAGAAGGCCAGUUGUAUUGCUUCUUUAAUCAGCACAACAGUUUUCAGCUGUGCUAACAUAAUUGCAAAAGGGUUUUCUAAUGAUCAAUUAGCCUUUUAAAAUUAUAAACUUGGAUUAGCAAACACAACAUGCCAUUGGAACACAGGACUGAUGGUUGCUGAUAAUGGGCCUCUGUACCCCUAUGUAGAUACUCCAUAAAAAAUCUGCCGUUUCCAGCUACAAUAGCCAUUUAUAACAUUAACAAUGUCUACACUGUAUUUCUGAUCAAUUUGAUGUGAUUUUUCUUCGAAAACAAGGACAUUUCUAGGUGACCCCAAACUUUUGAACUGUAGUGUGUGUGUGUGUAUAUAUAUAUAUAUAUAUAUAUAUAUAUAUAUAUAUAUAUAUAUAAUUGCUCUAUUUUAUUGCUUAUUGUCAUUGACUGUUUUUUAUUGUUACUGAGUACAAAGUGCACUUAGAAAUUGACAUAAUGGCCUAGCUAUCAAAAGUGUUUGAGGUAGCAUAUUGUAAAUUUCUCAGUGUGUAUGUGUCCUUCCUAUCAAAAUGGAACAUGUUUCAAGACACACAUCGAUCUAAAAAUGUAAUGCCCGUAUACAUAAAAAAUAAACUAAGUGCAGAUUGUUAUUGAUAAUUAAAUUAUUAGUCAAUGUUAAAUAUUUCAUCUAGUUAACUUGAGUCAACAGAGAAUUUUUUUUGUUCAAUUGACAUCCUAUGAUAUAGUUAUAAUUUCAGGAAGUAUCAAUAAUAACCACAGAUAAUUGAUAGCGAAUCAUUGGAAUUUGAGCAAAUAUUGUCAUGAGUCAACUGUAAACGUUGUGACAUUUCAUAGCGAAACUGUUUUAGAAAACCCCUGAUGAAACACAGUCCCCUUUGGGAAACCCACCAACUACUUAUUGCUCUUCUGGAUGACCAGGCUUCCUAGAAAAUAUUUGUACUUUCAAAAUCUCAUAAAAAUGCCUGGAAAUUCUUUAACAUUUGGAAUGUUAUUAUUGUGACAGGUAAAGACCUACUGAAGCCAGUCAAUCUGAUGGUGGAUAUAUGGGACGGGGAGGUGACGUUGCACUGGGACCCCCCUGAAGGGGCCCCGCCACUGGCUCAGUACCAGGUGCAGAUGGCCAGGUAUACCCCACACUCCUUACUUCCUCUUAAUUUACUCAUCCCUUCAUUCUCAGACAAGUCACUUAGCUACCGCACUUCAGCAUGCAUCCAUCUCAGAGUCCUCCCUAUCCACUCUAUCACCUUUAUCCUCUUCAAUCAUUCUUCCAUACCACCCUCUCCUCAUCUUUGAAGAAAGUAUAAUAAUUAAUAUAGCUACUUUCAUGUGUCUUUCCUCAGGUAUGUCAAUAGUAAUUGGACCAAUGUGACCAGCUGUGACAGGACCCAGCUGGCAUAUUGUGACCUGUCCUACCUUAUUGAUGACUUCGUCAUGGUCUACAAGGUCCGGGUUCGACUGGUCACUGAGAACAGCAUCUCUGCAUGGUCACGGUGGAAGAGGUUCAACCCCAGAGAAAGUAAGUCAAGUACAGCUAAGUUUAGUGGGCGAGUUGAAUAAGUAUUGGGUUCAGAAAUUUGCUCAUUUAUUUCUAGUUUUAUAGUGACACAAUGCCAAAACUUGUCCAUUGCUUUCCUUUCUCCUCUACCCCUGUUCUUCCAGGUAAACUGCAGCAUCCCUCCAGUACGCUGUUGGCCACCUCCAGUUCAGUAACAGUCAGUGUUCAUAGGAAGCCAUUACUAAAAAAAAUCUUCCCAUUUGGCCUGACUUACACUAUCUACCUACAGGGAAGAGGACAGGACAACAAGGUACUGAUCAUACAUUGUUUAAAAACAUACUAGUAACAGUACUUCUAAUGUAUUCACUAACUGUAAGUCGCUCUGGAUAAGAGCGUCUGCUAAAUGACUAAAAUGUAAUGUAAAUGUAAUAAAAUAAAUAAUUACAUGUGGUUCAUCCUAGUUCAUAUAUUCAGGUUACUGUAUUGACUGACAUUUUCAUUUAUUGGCUUGCAGACCGUCAUCCGGCAAUUGAAGGAUGAAGAUGACGAGGAUAAGGCAGAGGUUCAGUUUACGUCUCUUCACUGGGGACAGGAGUACUGUGUCAGCCUCAAAGUUUCAGGCAAUGGAGGAGAAUUCACCAGUGACGUCUCCCCUAAACAGUGCCUCCUGCUGCCAGAGCAAGGUAAUACAACUCAGACUACACAGCUCUACAUGACCAUAUAUGGCUCAACAUUCUGAUACGUCAUAUACCAGCCUAAUGUCUAGAAUCUUAUUAACUAAACUAAUUAGGCUAAACACAUGUUCUGUUUCUCAUCAGAGUGGUAUAUCCUUGCUGUGGUGUCCUUCUCCAUACUAUGUGUGAUGGGGGUCCUGGUCAUGCUGGCCCUUUGCCUUUGCUGCUUCCUGAGGCGUCCUGAGAAAAUGCCUGUUGCACUGGUAAGUUUCUUUGAACAGUUUAAUUAAUGCACAACUGACUAUGUCUAUCAGUUCAGGUAAAGGACACUUCAGGGAAAGGACAAAAAUGCUGUAUUCUUAAAGUGCAAAAAAGGAACCAACACAAUAGAUAGAAGUUUCAACAAUAAUAAGAAAUAAUAAAAUAUAAAGAAUACGAACAUAAAAUAAAUGGCUCAGUAAAGGAGUUCAGUGGUGCUCUGUUCUACCACAUACAGUACAUAUAUAUUCAUUUCCUGCAACUCCACAGAUGGGGAAACACCAGGCUUUUAAGAAGUAUUUAUAUAAACUGUCUGUUUAACCCUGAAUCUCUUAAUCAAAACUAGAGGCCUAUUGUCAUUCUAUUUCCUGUUAUCUUUCACUUCCUCAUUCUAGGAGGUUGUUCAGGGAUUCAUGUGUUUUUUUUUUGUCCUCUUUUACCUCAGAAAUCCCCAGGCAGCGGCUGGCAGCCUCUCUGUGUGGGAGAGGUCCCAGUGGAGAUCGUCACAGACAAAGGCUGGUUCAUGAGCACCACCAGAACUGAUGCCAUGGUCUGCUUGGCCGACAAAAUGACUACUCCAGCAGGCAAGGGAGAGCAGGAAGAAGGAGAGGACAGAAGGACGUGUCUGGACAGUGGGGCUUGCACUGAAUCCCACAUUUCUGGGAAUGGAAAUGGAGGAAGUCCGGCAAAGCAAGAAGACAGUGGCUGUGGAAGCCUGGGAGCACCAGAGAGUGCCGUCAGCAGCAGGAGUGGAACUGGAGAGCCCCCCCUGCUGGAUAGGAGGAUUAACACAGACAUCAGCCUGAAAGAGGACAGUGGGGUGGGGCUGGGCUGCCAGUUAGGGUGUGCUGGAAGUCUACAUGGGGAGGACUGUGGAAUCUUGCCUGAGAUGGUAAUGGUCACAGGGGAUGGCUACCGGAGCCAGAGCCCUUCUUCGGUGGAUGCCCAUGUUACUGAGACAGAGCAGAGUUUUCAACAAAUCUCAUGCGAAACAGUUAUUGCUGAUCCUGUUGUGGGAUACAGGUCUGCUCACAUGGCAUGCGUUUGUUUAGGGGCAAGCGAAUGUGUUUGGUGCCAGACAAGAAGACACUAUGAGAGGAGUGUCGAUGGACAGUCUGUAGCCCUAUUUAGUUUUACAGAUGAGCAGCUAAACUGCAGCAAUCUCACAUUUGACAUAUGUGAGAUGGAAUCUACAUGCUCCAGCUAUAAAAAGAACAAUCUCCACAUAGAAACAGUAGUAAACUUGGAGGACUCAGUAACCUUUUCCUACCUGCCUACAUGCAUAGGUGAAUCCUUCCCACUCCUGACGGCUUUAUCAGAGUUGCCCCUAGUGGAGGGAGGACUGAACUGCAACAUGAACACUAUGCUUUUUUCUCUGGGUGAUGUGGAAGUGACAUUUGAUUGACAUGGUCCACGAACUGAGGACACUGUGUGACACACAGAAGGGUUUGUUUAGCCCUCCAGAUUGUGGGGAGUCAUGCAAUAUGUCUACAAACCCUUUGUAUGCCAUUUCAAGUAAACACUCCUUUUCCUAACUGAAAAAAUCAGCAACCAUAACUCUUUUUUGUAGCUAUUUAAGUAUUUUUGGAGCCUUUUUUGGAACCUUUAGUGAAUAAGAUACCAUGUUUAUUCACUUUAGUUAACUCUGAGGAGUCACUUAAAGCAGUCACUGACAUUGUCAACUGUUAUUGACAAAGUGAUGUGCGGCAGAAAGAAAAUAGUGGUUGAGCUGCUUUUCAAAACAGCAGAGAGCAGUUGGCUGCUGGCUGUUGCUGUUUGGUGGGUCUUUAAAGAUUUGAGCAGGAGAUGGGAAACCCAAUUUCUGACAUGCCUUCACCCAUUUCAACUGACAGGAAGCAUUUAACCAGAAGUGGAAAAAGGAGAGAAACUGUUUUGACUUGGUAGAUGGAGCGAGAGGGUGGAUUAUAACAGCAAUACAACAUUUAUAAUAUUAAAGGAUUCUAUAUGCACUCUGUGAAUACACAUUUUACAAGUUAUAAUGUUCGGAUAGUUGUCAAUGUUGGUCAGACUCAUCUGUAAAGUUUUCCACAGAAAAUUCACACAUUUGACAACAUAACCC